AUGUCCGAGGAGGAGGUGGAACAUUCGCGCGAGGAAGAGUUCUCGCGCGAGGAAGCGUUCUCGCGCAACGAAGAACGCCCCCACGAAGAGGAACAAUUGCGCGGAAAAAAAGGAUCGCGCGACGAGGAAAACUCACGCGACCAAGACUACUCACGCGACGAGGAGCGCUCCUUCGAGGAGGAUAGGUCGCGUGACGAGGACCACGAAACCUCGCGCGAGGAGGCGCAGGAGCACUUGCGCGUGGAUCACCAGGAGCACCCACGGGAGGAGGAGCAGGAACUCUCCCGCGAGGAGGAGAACUCGCACGAGGAAGAACACUCCCGAGGGGAGGAGAACUCGCACGAGGAGGAGAAUUCGCACGAGGAGGAGCACUCGCACGAGGAGGAGCACUCGCAUGAGGAGGAGCACUCGCACGAGGAGGAGCACUCGCACGAGGAGGAACACUCGCACGAGGAGGAACACUCCCGCGAGGAGGAGAACUCGCACGAAGAGGAGCACUCGCUUGUUGAGGAACACUCCCACCAUAAGCAAAACUUGCCCCACGAGGAACUUUCGCGAGACGAGGAACCCUCAACGAACCAAGAGCACUCGCGCAACGAGGAAAACUCCGGUGACGAAGGGCUCUUGCGCGACGAAGAGCAGUCGUGCUACGAGGAACACUUGCCCGUUGAGGUUGAGGAGACCUCGCGCGACGGGGAACACUUGGGGGGCCAGGAACACUCGCAGACAGACGUGCACUCACGCGACGAGGAACACCAGCUAGACGAGGCACACACGCGCUACGAUGAACAUCCGCGUGGCGAUUGGGUUCAAUACGAAGAAUCUUCGCCCUACGAGGUAGCACCAUACGAGGAUCCCCCGCGCCCACCGCAAUACGAGGAACAAUCGCGGUAUUUGGAUGUCACGACCGACUGCUAUAUGGUUGAAGUUGAUUCUGAAGAAAAAAGUACGGCGGCUCACGAGGAAGCCGAUGUGAAUGCCUUGGAGAUUGUUGAUCAGCCAGCCUCGGAGGGCGCGGAGCCGGAUCAGUCCAUUGACAUGAGUUGUGUCAAUACCGCACUGGAAGCCGACGAGGAUGGAGAGCCGCCAGCUAAGCGGGAAAAGCCCCACUACGAGAACAGCCCCGUGACGGAGGACAGCAGUAGCAGCAGCUCGACCUCGUCCGGUAGCGACAGCAGCUCGCACUCUGAUGAUUACGACGAUUCAACCAAAGACGAUGCUUCCGUGGACACUGUCAUCUAUGUGGAGGAUCUGCCCCCAACCAUUAGCUACCCUAGGAUGGAUCCUGACGCUCCGACCAAACCAAUUAUCACCGAGGUGGUGACUAUUCCCGCCCCGCGGGUGAAUCUUUUGCGUUAUCCAAUGCCGAAUAUCCAGCACCAUAUGCCCCCGCCUCCGCCUCGGCGGCCGGUCGAUUCCGAGCCCGAGCUUGAUCCCGAUGACUAUGAUGGAGCGGUGGCAAUGCCCGGCCUGCCAGCCAAGGAUUGCGGUGAUAAUAUUAAUCUCCCUCCUUAUAUCCCAGAUCACUAUAUAUCCCCGCGCGCCGAGCAGCAGCCGGAGCAGGAGAGUACACGCCACCAGUUUAUAUAUCCGCGCCAGCCGCUUGACUACCAGUCCCAGCAGCGCGCCGGCGUCCAAUCGGUGCAGGAUAACCAGCAGUUCGUCUAUCCUCGCCAGCCGCUUGACUAUCCAGCACAACAGCGCACCCAGCUGCCGCUGGAUCAGCAGUUUGUGUACCCGCGCCAGCCGCUUGCAUUUCCGCCCCAGGCGCAGUCGGAGCAAGACAAGGAUAAGUAUCCGCCCCCGAGGGUACCGGCGCGUCAGCUGAUUGAUUCCUAUAAAAUUAAACACAGACCACCGUCGGGCGAUCGACGGCGUAUGCCACCGCCAGGGCCCAUGCGCACUGUGCUCGGUGCGGAAAUGGAGAACAUUUCGGAUGAUGAUGAGAUAAGCGACGCUGAGGAGAGUAGCAGCAGCGACGGCAGCAGCAGCGAGAACGAAUCUGAGGACGAGGAUGAUGACUACAUCCUGAUUGAGAAUGACAGCAACUCGGCUGGGACGGAGACGGAGACAGAGAUAAUGGCCGGGUCGGGUGAUCUAGGCGAUGGGAUCGUGGUCAACGAGGAUUCCGAGAAGGUGUACUACAUUCGGCGCGAAGACGGCACCGUCCAUGCCGGCCGUGUGCUCCAGUCGCGCAUCACCGCGAACGUCCUGAUGCCCAACGAGUACUACGUGCACUAUGUGGGCCUCAAUCGCCGCCUGGACGAGUGGGUUGGUCGCCACCGCAUCUCGGACAACGCCGAUGACUUGGGAGGCAUCACAGAAACCGCCAGCAGCCUCCUCCAAUUGGACAGCGAUCAGCCGGGAACCAGUAGAGAGAUGCUGCAGCAGCAGGCGCUUCUCGCGCAGCAACAACAGAUUUUAUUGCAGCAGCAACAGCAACAGCGCGAGCUGGAAAAGGAACGAGCCCUGCGCGAGGGCAACAAGGACUACUAUCUGUCGGCGUGCGAGAAUACUCGCUACGAUUACAGUGACCGGAAGAUGACGCGCUACCAGAAGCGGCGUUACGACGAGAUCAACCACGUGCAGAAGAGCCAUGCGGAGCUGACCGCCUCGCAGGCGGCCCUCGAGAAGGAGCACGAGUCCAUCACGAAGAUCAAGUACAUCGACAAGCUUCAGUUCGGCAACUACGAGAUCGACACCUGGUACUUCAGCCCCUUUCCCGGCGACUACGGCAAGGCGCGCACGCUGUACGUGUGCGAGUACUGCCUGAAGUAUAUGCGGAUGCGGAAGAGCUACAGCUACCAUACGUAUGUGUGCCGCAAGCGGCAUCCGCCGGGUCGCGAGAUCUACCGCAAGGGCAACAUCUCCAUUUUUGAGGUGAACGGCAAGGAGGAGCCCCUCUACUGUCAGCUGCUCUGCCUGAUGGCCAAGCUCUUUCUCGACCACAAGGUGCUGUACUUUGAUAUGGAUCCGUUCUUCUUCUACAUUCUGUGCGAGGUGGACAGGGAAGGCAGCCAUAUUGUUGGCUAUUUCUCCAAGGAGAAAAAAUCCCCAGACAACAACAACGUGGCAUGCAUUUUAGUCCUGCCGCCGCAUCAGCGCAAAGGCUUCGGCAAGCUGUUGAUCGCCUUCAGCUACGAGCUGUCCCGCAGGGAGGGCGUCAUUGGAAGCCCAGAGAAGCCGCUGUCGGACCUCGGUCGACUCAGUUACCGCAGCUACUGGGCCUAUACGCUAUUGGAGCUGAUGCGGAACCGCGUUUCGCUGGAGCAGACCACCAUCAAGGAGCUGAGUGAGGUGAGCGGCAUUACCCACGACGACAUCAUCUACACGCUGCAGUCCAUGAAGAUGAUCAAAUAUUGGAAGGGCCAGAACGUCAUAUGUGUCACAACCAAGACGAUCUUCGACCACCUACUGCUGCCGCAGUUCAAGAAGCCCAAGCUGACUAUCGAUCGCAGCUAUCUGUUCUGGAACCCCACCAACAUGCCGGCGCCAGCCCGACCUCCCCUGCCAAUCAAUGCCACAGCACUUGGUCAGAUUGCGGUCUAAUAUACAAAUACUCGUAAGAGAACAUGUUUUUUUUUCUAUAUUUUUUUUUUUUUUGUGAGUACUUGUAGUCCUUUAGGAUAAAUAUUUUGUCUCUUUCCUAUCCCCUAUUAUGUCUCAUUGUAUCUAAAUUAUUACGCAACAAAUUCCAUAAUUUGUAUUUGAAUUAUGUAAAUGCAACACGCAACACCCAAAUUGUAUUUCAAUUGUUUUGAAAAAUUAUUACAAAUUGUACAUGUUACAAAUUACACGUUCUACCCUAACGUAAGUCUGUAAUCAACAAAAAAACAACAACAAACAAAUGCAAAU